AUGUUUCACAGUACAACGCACUACAAACACUGGAUAUUCGCCGAUGAAGAGGAGCUCAGUUUGAGGCGUGUUAAAGCAAACGAGAGCUUUAUUAGCGAGUGCGAAGAUAAACUGCAGGCGAACAAUGAUAACAUUCCCUAUCUGAAGGUGGACGAAGAGGCCAAUCUGGUCAACUUUUAUCUCAGUAUUCUCAUUGACUUUUGUUGCAAAUUCAAGCCUCCAAUGCCCAAAAAUGUUAUUAGCACAUCAGUGCACUACUUCAAGCGAUUCUAUCUGAACAAUUCAGCAAUGGAGCAUCACCCAAAGCAUAUCAUGGUCACUUGCGUCUUCCUGGCGACAAAAAUUGAAGAGUUCAACAUUACAAUGGACCAGUUUGUGUCCAACAUUCGCGGCGACAAGAGCAAAGCUGCCGAAAUUGUACUCAACAAUGAAAUGUUGCUCCUCAAUCGUCUCAACUACGAGCUCACCAUAUCUCACCCGUAUAGACCGGUUGAAGGUUUCUUAAUUGACAUCAAGACGAGAUAUACGGAGUGCACCAAUCCAGAACAUUUUCGUAAAUACAUUGACCAAUUUCUGGACAAGUCAUUCUACACGGAUGCUUGCUUUCUCUUCAGUCCGAAUCAACUUGCUUUGUUUGCGAUCAUUUACGCUGCUGAAAAGUUCAAUGAAAACCUUGAUCCGUACUUACGAAUACUGUUUGAUAAACGACCGGAUGAAAUUGGCCUUCUGAAAAAGGCAAUGCAAAAGAUAAUGGAGAUGAUGAACAGCAGUCAGGAGAGUCAGCUGAGAGAGAUCGCCAAGCCAAUCGAGGCGAAGCUCGAUCAGUGUCAGCUGCUGACUGCCAAGCUACUGAACCCCGAACAGCAGCAGUCCAUCGACGACGACGACGACGAGAUGGUCUCCUAUGAGCGGUACUCGCAGUACCGCGACGAGUCAGAGAUGAUGGAUCGCGAGUUCAUUCAGAGAUCUUCCCAGUAA